AUGGCGCCACCGCGUGUCUUCCCCUACGUGUUGCACGAGGGCUUCAUCCUCCGGCAGAUUCAGUAUCGCAGAGCCGAAGGACCCCGACGGGGCACUUUCUUCACUCCAGUUUAUAUCUGGGGUGUUGAAAUCCCCGAGGAUCAGUUGUUUUCAGUUGCACCAGUUGCGGCUGUUCGUAGCGUGCUGUGCCACUGGUAUGAGGGUGCCCCCACCUAUCCUGCCCUCAGUCCUGUCGGUGCUAUAUUCGCAGAGGGCUGGUGGACAGUGAUGCUUGACCUGGGUACUACCCCAGACUGCUGCAUAUCGCCUGUUUGUUCCAGAUUCGGUUGGUUUGAACCUGCCGAAAGCUUGCGGACUUCACUUGCAAUGGACAAUUGGGCUCCGGCAAUGGUUGUUGGGCACGGCUGUUUCCACUGUUUUGACUAUACGCGUCCGCGUUCCGGACCAGGUUGA